AUGGCGUCUCCCCUCGCCCUCGUCGCCGCGGCGACCCUCGGCGCCGCCGCCGCCGCGGACUGCUACUGCACGCCCCACCUGGGCAACAAGUCGGCGACGCUCCCCAACGCGCUCAUCAUCGGCGACUCCAUCUCCGGCAACGGCACGGGCUACAUGGACUACCUGCCCGAGGUGCUCGGCGGCCUCGCCAACGCGCUCCAGACGGGGUCCGUCACGGACAACGGGCGGCGCCUCGCCGACGACCUCGGCAACCACACGCCCAAGGGGCCCUGCGGCACGUCCUUCGGCGUCCUCGAGUGCGUCGACGACUGGGUCGGCGACGGCGGCUGGGACGUCAUCUCCCUCAACUGGGGGCUCCACGACAUCUGCCCCCACAAGUACAUGUACGUGUCGCGGGACCAGUACGUGGCGAACAUGAAGCAGAUCAUUGCGAAGCUGAAGACGGGCCUGGCGCCGGGCGGCACCAUCGUCUGGGUGUCGACGACGCCGGUCCCCGCGUCCUACAAGGACCGCAACGACACGGACGUCGUCGACAUCAACGGCAUCAUGGCCGACCUCAUCGCCUUCGACGACUGCUGCGACGACGUCGUCUUCGGCGCCGACCUCUACCACGCCGUCGUCGACCGGUGCAACCGCAACGCGACGUGGGCCGGCUACCCGGCGUCGAACGACUGCCUCUACCUCCAGGACAACGGCGUCCACUUCUCCGAACUGGGCAAGCGCUUCACGGCCAUCGAGGUCGCCGCGCACCUGAUGCCCUACUUCCCGGGCACGUACCGUUUCGGCACGGCCUGCGCCGAGCGCAUGACGGUUACGUCUGGCUCGCUGAAGGUCCAGGUCGAGGACCCCGGUUGCUUCCCGGACGCGACCGUCGUCGUUUAUCCCGCGGGCACGUACUUCGAGGUCGCGGCGAACGCGGGCUUCCAGGUCACCUGCGACGAGCACGCGGCCUACCUAUUGUUCUCGUCCGGCGCCAUGGGCAGCCUCGACAGCGGCAUCGAGACGCGCGCGACGGCGCGCGCCGCCCGCGCGGCCCGCGCCGCCGAGACGCUGCGCCUCAUCGUCGACGGCGGCCACGGCGCGGACGCGGCGCGGCGCGCGGAGCUCUUCGCGGCCGGCGCCGCCGUCGCGCGGCCCGUGGCGACGGCGCCCGUCGCGACGGCGUUCUCCGUCGUCGCGGCGUCGACGCUCGUCGCCUGCCGCGACUUCCCCGACGCCUGCGCGCUCGUCUUCGCGUCGGCGAAGCACGCGGGCGGCGGCUUCCUGAAGGGCGCCGAGGCCCAGGAGGAGUGCGUGGCCCGCGGCUCGGCGCUCCACGCGGCGCUGACGGCUUCCCAAUGCCGCGCGUUCUACAUCCGCCACAAGACGAAGGGCCUCUACACGGACGCGAUCAUCUACGCGCCCGACGUGCCCCUGUUCCGGGACGAGCGCGACGAGCUCCUCGAGGAGCCCUUCCCGCGGUGCUCCUUCGCGGUGGCCGCGGCGCCGAACGCCGGCGUCGCGCGGCGCGACGGCGUCGCGGACGCGGAGAUCAAGGAGGUCCUCAGAGCGCGAAUCUCGCGCGUGCUCACGGUCGCCCGGGUGCGCGGCCACCGCGACGUGAUUUUGGGCGCCUUCGGCUGCGGCGUCUUCCGGAACGACCCGGAGGUCGUCGCGGCGGCCUUCGCGGACGCGCUCGCCGCCGAGCACCGCGGCGCGUUCCACAACGUGAUCUUCGCGAUCAAGGGCGGCCCGCCCGCCAACCUCGCGGCCUUCGAGGCGCGGUUUCGAACAUAA